AUGCCCGAGAUCCAAGACGAUAAAGCGCAGUAUGUAGUGCCCUUCAUCCUGUCGCUAUUAUCCGACCACCACGCACGACAUUCCCCAGCCGCCAAUCCAGCAGCACCGCCAUUCUUCAUUGGCCUGAACGGCGUGCAAGGCGCCGGGAAAUCGGUGCUUGUUUCCAUUUUGAAGAAGACGUUGACUUCUCCACCACACAACUUAUCGACCGUCGUCUUUUCGCUCGACGACUUCUACCUGACACACGCGGACCAGGUCGCUCUGGCCCAGAGUCACCCGGACAACCCACUGCUGCAGCAUCGAGGGCAGCCAUCGACGCACGACAUCCCGCUGGCUCUGUCGGUGUUUGCCAGUCUGAAGCAGAACAAACCGACCAAGAUCCCACAGUACAACAAGGCCGCUUUUUCGGGCCAAGGCGACCGCGUGCCGGAGAAUGAAUGGGAAUAUGUCAACGCCGACCCGUCGUCACCUGUCCGCGUGGUUUUGUUUGAAGGCUGGUGUGUUGGAUUCCGCCCGCUCUCCGACGAGGCGCUUGCAGCGAAACACGCCGCCGCGGUGCAGGCGCUGGACAAUUCCACGCCUUCGAACCCAUACAAGGGGCGUCUGGGCCACAAUACCCUGAAGAGCGUCAUCGCCAUCAACGAGGCGUUGAAGUCUUACGACGCUUUGACCUCGCAACUCGAUGCCUUCAUCCACAUCGACGCCGAGGACCCGCAGUACGUGUACAAGUGGCGGCUGGAACAAGAGGCCGGCCUGCGCGCGUCUCGAGGCAGUGGUAUGACGGACGACCAGGUCAGGGAGUUCGUCGACGGCUACUAUCCGGCGUACGAACUGUACACGGACACGCUGCGCGAAGGAUUGUUCAAGGGCAUCAGGGAGGAUUGGAAGGGCAGGCAGCUGCGUCUGGUGGUCGGUGAGGACAGGAAGGUCAAGGAGGUGGUGAGGAUCUAA